GUCUUUAAAUAUCGAACAGUUUUCGAUUACCAUAUUGCUUGCUACCUGUGAAAAUCAUCGAAGGGAAACUUAACUGCCUUUAUUACAAUUUUCAAACAAAAUAAAUAACUUGAUAAAAUUAUAUAAAAAUAAGAGAGGAACUCUUUUCUUAUUCUUAAAUCUAACUUAGGAAGAUAAAGUUUUAUUCUUUUGAGCGAUAAUAUAAAUAUUUAAUAAAGAACACAUGGGUAAGGCCAGAAAGACUCGAGCAAUAAAUAUAACUAAGCACUCAGGUCAAAUUUCUGAACAUAAAAAGAAACUAAUAAAAUUAGAUGGAUUUGCCGAUGAGAUAUUCCAAGAAACUGCUUUUGAUGAAGAUUGUGACGCUCGAAGUGCUGUCACGAGUAGAACUUUAAAAAAUUUUGGAUUAUCGAAAAAGGAUAAGCAAAUUGUUAAAAGAAAAGUUCUACAUAAAAAAAUUGAUUCAAUUAAAACUGCAAAGAAUCUAAAAAAGAUACAAAAGAAAAAAGAUAAGACACCAGUUGUUGGAAAUUUACAGAACUUAAUUGACAGUCUACCCACAGUUGAUAUGGUAACUAAACAACUUACGACAAAACAACGUCCUGAAAUUAAAGAGAGAACUAUAAAAAAGUCUAAUCAAAGAUGCAAAGAAGUUGAGAAAAACGUUUCUGUCUUUAAGGAAGUUCUAAAAAAUGAAUCGUUUAAAUCUUCUCCAAUUGCUGCUUUGAAAGAACAUUUACGUCUUACAUCUGAGGCAAUGGAAUAG